AUGGAGAAAGCUUCCGCCGGGCAUACGCCUCCCCAUACGGCACGCUCAUCCGGUGCAGGCUCGGCUGCACCCGCUGCUCGGAUAAACCACAUGGUGACACCGACCUUUGCAGCGCACACCGAUCAACUUGUCGCCCAAAUACAGUUGUUGCUCGAGCUCCCGUCUCCAACCCCACCGACCCAUGUUGACCCGGACCCCAACACGGACCUUGUUGACCAGCCCGGAGCUCGGGGAGCAUCGAUCGAAACGUCGUCCGCAGGGCAUAGUCUGGCGUCCAACCUCGAAUGCACCUUCCGGGGGCUGUUUGAAGCUUUGUCCGUGUCGGCCGUCAGCAAUCAGGCCCUCCUGGACCGCCUGGGCCGGACCGUGCGGAUCGAGGCGGCACUCCGAUUCGUCCUGGCCAGACUCCUACCGAACGGACCACACAAUAUGCCUGCGGCCCUCUGGCGAGCCCGAGAGGAACGGGAGGCCGAAAUGGCGCUCCGGGAGAAGGUUGAACAGGAACGGGGCCAAGCCAACACUGAGCGCAACCAGCUGGAAGAGCGCGUCCGCGGACUCCGGACAGAACUCCCCCCGGCGGCUGCUCCGGCGGCUAGAGUGCAAGCCGCACAGCCUCCGGAGGUCGUGGCUUUGUUGGGCAAAGUCCGGGGACUCCAGACUCGGCAACGGGAAGCUCAGCAUGAGGCGAAAAAGUACAAAGAGUUGGCGACUCGGGUAGAAAACGCCAUUCAAGCCCAGUUAUCCUCAAUGGCUGAUCAAGUACGCGAGCUGGACCGACAACAGCGGUCGCACGAGGAGGAAGUCGCAAAGGUGAAGAAAGCGAUUCCCGGACGUCGUCCCCGCCUUCUUGGACGGGUCAAUUCGCACUUCCGCGUGACGAGCGGGCCGAUGUUUGACCGACUUCUAGAGGCGUGGGUCCGGGAUGACCCAGCCCUCUUCGAAGUCAACUGUGAGAACCUUUCCGCAUUCGCCUUCCCGACGCGACAACCUCCGUCCACACGAGCUCCCGAAUCCGCGGGGUGUCAGUCUGGCUGUCCCGACCCUUCCGACCCCGACCUCGCAAUCCGGAGCGGAGUCAUACCAGUGGUCUCCCGGGCCAACCCGCACGAUGAUUUUGGUCACAGGUGCGUCGUCCGGGGCCGCAGAUGCUUUGGUCUCUACAAAAUCGGGGUCGUCCAUGACCCCCGGGACUACCGGUACGGAAUCCGCGGACGCGGCUUCGACCCUCAUCUUCCAGCUGCCCAGGUGUCGACUCCGUCUUCGAAACGUCCCUCUCCCGGUACGUCGACGCAGUUGACGAAAAAGGCCCGACGCUCCGACCCUGAUGCAGCGGGACCCCUCGGUGCCUCCUUACCACCCCCGGUCGAUUCGGCGUAUGCCUCCGUGGUCGCGAGGAGCCCCUGGGAGCGGUACUCGACGACCCUGGUGUCGUUCGUUCCGCUUUCGUGGCAUCAGCUCCCAGAAUGGCGAGAAUUGGACCGGGUCCUUCGGUCGUUUUGGCAGAAGAUUGCCGGGACCCUGUUCCGCGUAGUCCAGGCGUACGGGGUCCAACUGCUGCGCUUCCUGUGCUACCCGCACUCCUACUCCCUGGUGACCGCCACGCAGCGAUUCCCGGACGUCGUCCCCGCCUUCUUGGACGGGUCAAUUCGCACUUCCGCGUGA